AUGUCUAGGCAAGGAACUGGCGCCAACACCUUUCCCAGGGUCUUCGUCUCCCGGCGAGCUUCGGCAGUGUCCCGAGCUUCCGACCAGAGAUCAGCGGAGGAGCCUAAUCGAAGAGGUCGAGGAGGACGGAGGGGUGGCAGAGGCGGAUGGAAGGACACCUCCGCUGCCUCAGAAUCGGCGGCCCCUGAGCCUCAGGAACCGCCGCUUUGCUUUCGGGUGAAGAGCGACUUGGUCCGCUUCGUGAUAGGUCGUGGUGGGUCAAAAAUAAGAGACAUCCAAAGUACUACAAACACCAGAAUACAAAUAACAAAAAGGUAUCCUGAAGCAGAGGUCAAAAUAUUUGGAAGCAAGGUGAUGCAGACGAAAGCAAAAGCCGUAAUCGAUACUAUUGUUCAAAAGCAAGAAGAAAACUACAAUGCAGAAUCCAGAGUUAGUAACGCUGCAGUCCAGUCAUCUACUGGACAAAAUGUAAGCACAGACAAUAAUGUUGACACAGAAGAUGAGAUAGACUGGGACCAAAUUAGAGAAGAUGCUUUGAAAUGGAAAAAACAGAAGUGGGCAGAUUUACCUCCAAUUAAGAAAAACUUUUACAUAGAGUCAGCAGAAACAAGCUCUAUGUCCCAAAUGCAGAUAGACCAUUGGAGGAAGGAGAAUUAUAAUGUGAUGUGUGAUGACUUGAAAGAUGGUGAGAAGCGUUGUAUCCCUAAUCCUACCUGUAAAUUUGAGGAUGCUUUUCAGUGUUAUCCUGACAUUAUGGAAAAUAUAAAAAGGGCAGGUUUUCAAAAGCCAACACCAAUUCAGUCACAGACAUGGCCAAUAGUUCUUCAAGGAAUAGAUCUUAUAGGAGUAGCCCAAACUGGAACGGGGAAGACACUGUCCUAUUUAAUGCCUGGAUUUAUUCAUCUUGACUCUCAGCCACUAGCUAGAGGUAAAAGGCUUGGACCUGGCAUGCUAGUCCUGACACCUACUAGAGAAUUAGCUCUUCAAGUAGAAGCUGAAUGUUCUAAGUAUUCAUAUAAAGGUCUCAAAAGUGUUUGUAUAUAUGGUGGUGGAGAUAGAGACGGACAAAUACAGGACCUUACAAAAGGUGUAGAUAUCGUUAUUGCCACUCCUGGAAGAUUGAAUGAUCUGCAAAUGAAUGACUUUGUCAACCUGAAAAGCAUAACCUACUUGGUUUUAGAUGAAGCAGACAAGAUGCUGGACAUGGGAUUUGAGCCUCAGAUAAUGAAAAUUUUACUAGAUGUACGUCCAGACAGGCAAACUAUUAUGACUAGUGCAACUUGGCCACAUGCCGUCCGUCGACUUGCAGAGUCUUAUUUGAAAGACCCUAUGAUUGUAUAUGUUGGCACUUUGGAUCUAGUCGCUGUAAAUACUGUGAAGCAAAAUGUAAUUGUUACCACAGAAGAAGAAAAACGAAGUCAUAUUCAGAUUUUCCUGGAAAGUAUGUCUCCCAAAGACAAAGUCAUUGUGUUUGUCAGCAGGAAAGCUGUUGCUGAUCACUUAUCAAGUGACCUGAUUCUCCGACGGCUAUCAGUUGAGUCUCUUCAUGGCAACAGAGAACAGAGUGACCGAGAGAAAGCAUUAGAGAACUUUAAAACAGGUAAAGUGAGAAUAUUGAUUGCUACUGACUUAGCUUCUCGAGGCCUCGAUGUCCAUGAUGUCACACAUGUCUAUAAUUAUGAUUUUCCCCGGAACAUUGAAGAAUAUGUUCACAGAGUGGGGCGCACUGGAAGAGCAGGGAGAACUGGUGUGUCAAUUACCCUUCUUACCAGAAAUGACUGGAAAGUUGCCACUGACUUGAUUAAUAUCCUGGAAAGAGCAAAUCAGAGCAUACCAGAGGAUCUUGUCUCAAUGGCUGAGAGAUAUAAGGCCAAUAAAGAGAAAAAGGAAAUGGGGAAAAAAAUGGGAAGAUCCCAAGGAAAACCCAAGAAGUUUUAUGACUGA